GUGUCUUUAAAUGUGACCUCCCCCCCAGACUUCGAGCCUCCUCAAAUGCGAACAAGUUGCAUCUGGCAGAUCUUCAAAUGGCAGGACGAAUACUUUCUGUGGUGCUCGCCGGGUUGAGUGUGGGCUCUUGCAGCACACUCAACGCAUCUGCUGCAUUCAGGCCAGAAAACAUCUACGUCAGCCCCGGGGUAUCGUCUGCAUGCGCAGAGCUAUACCAGUCUUAUCCGACCGAAGUCCUCUCGCCCUCGUCCUCCAAUUAUACGGCCGAAACAAAGCUGUUCUGGGAUGUCCGCUCAGAUCUGUCUCCUGCCUGUAUCUUCCAACCACGGAAUGCGGGUGAGGUGGCCCAUGGAGUCAAAAUAAUUUCUGACAAUGAUGCGCCAUUUGCCAUUCGGGGAGGGGGGCAUAUGAAUUUUCCUGGAUCCAACAAUAUCGAUGGGGGUGUCUUGAUCACACUGAACAAACUGCGUGAAUACAAAGUGCACAAUGAUACCAUCGAAGUCGGUCCAGGGAUGAAGUGGAUUGAUGUAAUUAGGGCUCUGGAUCCUUAUGGCCGAGUUGCCAUCGGAGGGCGACUGAAGGACAUCGGAGUGCCCGGUCUGACUUUAAUCGGCGGUGUCCAUUAUUUCAUUAACAAGUACGGCUUUGCCAUGGACAAUGUCGAGCGCUACGAUGUUGUACUUGGAAAUGGUACCCAAGUUAUUGCCGAUGCCAGCACCAACAGCGACCUGUUUUGGGCGUUGAAAGGAGGCGCGAAUAACUUCGGCCUGGUGACCAAGUUUACUCUGAAAACGCACCCUAUUCCCAAAGUCAGUACUACUAUUCAAACGUUUGAGGAGGACAAGGUAUACGACUUUAUCAAGGCAGCGAUGGAUAUGAGUCGUCUGGAUGGUUCCGACCCAAUUGCCGCUGGGAGCGUGCUCACAGUGCAGUAUAAUGCUACCACCAAAGCGGCUUCGGCCUCACUGAUGGGAGUACAAGAAGGUGUCAGUAACCCUCCCUCGCAGUUUGCCAAUUUCACUGCCAUAGAUGGGCCGACGAAAAUGCAUAAUGUCACCACGUUGCGCUGGUGGACUGAAGACAAGAUCACUCCCAACCAGAUGUUCCGUGUCGCGUUUACCAAGCAUUCUAUCGUCCCUGAUGCAAAACGGGUCUAUGAGAUGUACCAAGCGUGGAAGGAUGGCGUCGAUACUCUUGCCGAUGUCCAGGGGCUGUAUCCAACAUUCGUAAUCAAUCUAUGUCCUGCUGGUGCUGUGCGUGCAGGCAAGACGGUUGGCAACACAUGGGACCUACCUGUUGAGCCUACAAUAUGGUGGCAAUUUAGCACUGGGUGGGACCACGCCCAGGACGAUAUCCGGGUGACGACAUGGUCACGGAGUCUGGGAGAGAGCCUGCACGAGGAGAACCGUCAACUCUCGUUGGCCAGAGAGCACAUUUACAUGGGCGAUGCUGGAGAGUUCCAGGACGCGUUUGCUACGUUCCCGCCAGAGAAUAUAGCGCGGAUGAAGGAGAUUAGGAGGGCGGUUGAUCCGCAGGGAGUCUUUAGCCGGCUGAACUGGGGUGGAUUUAAGCUUGGCCCUUGAGUGAUAAUUUACUUAAUUAGGCAUGAGCUGUUCAUCUUCAUAAGCCAAUUUAAUUUCCACAAUCAGCUGGUAUCGGUCGACCCUUUUAUUCUAUAUCGUUGAUUAACGUCGGUGCGGUUAAUGGACAGGUGGCGGAAUGAUACCGGAUUAUAGACUGUCAGAUAAGAGUGCUUUUACACCAGCUGCUACUGGCUGGCAGCUCCUGAGGAUUUUCCCAGGCUGAUAUGGUCCACCCCG